UUUGUUCCGAAUCAAUCAAAAAACGAGGAAGACGGACAUGCAUAAGUAGAGCAUCUGAAUCAGGAAAUCUAUAGCUACUUGUAUGUCACUCGCCUCUUUAAACAGAGCCACCGACACCAGACUUAACGCAUUUAUAGUCUGAUAACUUGGUUAUCUGUAUUUGAGAACAGGGGAAAAGUUUUUCUCCGGAUUUUCUACUAUGCCACGCAAGAAGGUGACAGAUGUGUCUGGCAACGGGGGAGUGAAAAGGAAAAGAGGUGGUGGGAAAAAGAAGGAAAGAGAAUUUAGCAGUGACGAUGAGUUUGAUGACUUUGAACAGGAAAACACAAAGAAACCCGGGAAGCCUACGGUUAAAGCCGGUCUGCAGCCUGUCACAGUGGCCGAUGAUGUGAAGGAGAAGAUUAAACUUGAAGUUCCACAAGUCAAAGGUCAACUGCUAGUUUUCGGAGCUACCAACUGGGAUUUGAUUGGCAGGAAAGAAGUGCCAAAACAACAAGCUGCUUUCAGGAACCUUGGGCAGAAUCUGUGGGGUCCCCAUCGCUAUGGAUGUCUUAAUGAUGUCCAGGUUAGCUAUGUGGUGUCUGGACCCUGUGCUGCCCACAGUCUCAUCAUCACCACAGAUGGCAAAUUGUGGAGCUGGGGUCGCAAUGAAAAGGGGCAGUUAGGGCACGGAGACACUAAACGAUUGGAGGCCCCGAAAGUAGUGGAGGGACUAGGAGAGGAAGUGAUUGUUGCGGCAGCCUGUGGUCGAAACCACACCUUGGCUUUAACAGAAAAUGGUAUCGUCUACUCAUUUGGAGAAAACAAGUUGGGUCAGCUAGGUCAAGGCAAUCAGACAGAUGCUGUACUCAGCCCAGCCACAAUCCAGUAUAACGGACAGCCUAUAGUCAAAGUUGCAUGUGGUGCAGAGUUCAGUAUGAUAGUGGACUGCAAGGGGAACCUGUAUUCUUUUGGUUGCCCUGAAUAUGGCCAGCUUGGACAUAACUCAGAUGGAAAGUUCAUUGCUCGUGCCCAGCGCAUUGAGUACGACUGUGAGCUGAUCGCUAGACGGGUGGCAAUUUUUAUUGAGAAGACCAAGGAUGGCCAAGUGCUCCCUGUGCCCAAUGUUGUGGCUCGAGAUGUUGCAUGUGGAGCCAAUCACACACUGGUUCUUGAUUCCCAAAAGCGCGUGUUUUCUUGGGGAUUUGGGGGAUAUGGUCGAUUAGGUCAUACUGAACAGAAAGAUGAAAUGGUGCCACGAUUAGUCAAGCUUUUUGACUUCCCUGGCCGCGGAGCGACCCAAAUAUACUGUGGCUACCAGUGUUCCUUCGCUGUGAGUGAAACGGGUGGGCUAUUUUUCUGGGGGGUGACAAACACUUCCCGUGAGUCCACUAUGUACCCCAAAGCUGUGCAGGACCUGUGUGGAUGGAAGAUACGCAGCCUGGGCUGUGGGAAGAGCAGUAUUAUCAUAGCAGCAGAUGAUAGCACCGUUAGCUGGGGACCAUCUCCCACAUUUGGAGAGCUGGGAUAUGGUGACAACAAGCCCAAGUCAUCCACUACAGCUCAGGAGGUUAAAACUCUGGAUGGGGUUUACCCAGAACAGGUGGUGAUGGGAUAUUCACAUUCCCUGGUUAUUGCUCGUCAAGAGACAGAACAGGAAAAGGAAAAGCUCAAGAAGCUGCCUGAAUAUAACCCACGCACACUCUGAUCGGAUACAAUCCUAUAAUUAUUCACAUUUCUCUGGGGGCUUUCUUCUUUAUUUUUUUUAAUGGAAUGCCUCUGGUUACUAGGUCAACUGGGUUGUCACAGUUGGUUGGGAUGAGUUUUUCAUUGUUAAGGACAUCAGAAUUAAAUUUUUAAGCCACACGCUGGACUGAAGUAGCUCAGGCUUUUUCAGAGUGGUAAUUUGUUGUGGCUUCACGCACCUGUUUAAAUUUUCCAAUAGUCCCAGCAAUGAGACAUAAACCAGCAAUUUCUUUUUCAAAAGCACUCGGAUUCUACCGGAUCCAUCCCCUUUACUUACACAUUCCUAAAGGAAGUUUAUUGUGAUUUUUGUUCUGUAAUGAUGAAUGUGACAUCCAUGUCUGCUCUCUUCCAAAACUGGUGCUAAAUCAUUCUAAUGCAGACUGUUGAUGGGCUAAUGGUUCACUAAAAACAAACUCACUUCAUACUUGUGCCUUUUAAAUGAGGUGAUUCAGGUUGUGGAAGUUUGGUUAUUCCAAUAUCAAAACACCUCAGGUUACGGGGCACAUCACCUCUUUUAAUAUCACUUUCAUUACUUCCAUCGCACAUAAGAACAACAUUUUAAAAAGUUGAGCAAGCAUGCAAGUGGUAAGAUAUUUUUAUCUAAGAUUUAAUCAAAUCGGGGAAGUUUUUCAAAACCUGCAGUGCAAGUUUUCUGUCAGCUGUGAGGUUCUUCAAAAGUAUUAAAUCGCACUUCCUUUUCUAGAAAUGCAAUCAUUUAAAUUUGACAUCAAAUCAUCUUCAUGCCUUUGCUAGUAUUAUUACUACAGAAAUGCUGUUCUCGUGUUGAUGUUAGCAUGUUUUGGAAUUAAUGGACUUGAUGUUGAGAAGUGUAGGAUUCCCAUCAAUUGGGACCACAGAGUAUCUUUACAGAGUAUGCAUCUUUUCAUGCAACUUGUACUGUGCCACUUUUUUGUGUUCACCUGGGCUUAAACUGUGAUCACAUUAUCUUAAAUUCAUGCAGGAGUCCAUCCACGGUUUGCAGGCAAACGGCAAGCCGAUGUGUUUUAUAUGGGACCAGCAGUUUUAAAGUUUGUGUACUUGCAAGAAAUUUGUUCAUUUGUUUAGGCUGUGUUUGUCCAAAAACUGGAAUUUCAACUCAUAUUUUCAUGUCUUAAAUGUUAUUUUUUUCUUGAUAUUAAAUAAAGGUUCAUGUAAGUUGG